AUGAGGAGACGUGUGAGAAAUCCUAUAACAGGUGAAUAUAUACAGAGCGAUUCGACACAUAGUGUCUCAGGUCCUUCGGACCGUUCGUCAUCAAGUACUACAGCGUCAAGAACCACAGAACAUUCAUCAACAGCAUCAAAUACCACAGCCCGUUCAGAUAUUGUUAAUUACGUUGCACCACCAGCAAGGCAAGCCGAAAACCAUUCUGGUUUUGAGCUCCAAAGGAGCGAGCCUUUUUGGGAUAUGCCGCCACCACAACCUAAAACACAGUAUAAACGUGCUGCCGGAAGAAAUGCGGACGGUUCUACAUUCGCUAGCGAGGAAAAUUAUUCAGUUCCUGAUUAUAACAAAUUAAACGAACAUAAAUAUAAAAUGAAGCAGUUAGAUUCAAGCUAUAAUUUAGAAGUAAUGAAUAGGAAACGUCAGAUGGAACAGGAUAGAUAUAAUCACGAACGUGAAAUGGCAGUGACAAGGGAACGUUUCGAACAGGAUAAAAGAAAUUGGGAGGAUAAGAAAGAUUUGAUAAAAGGUUUCAUGGAUAGAAUACAAAAGGCAGCGGAUAAGAAGGCUGAAAGAGAAAAUAAAAUACAGCCUGACGACCCUAACAUUAACACAUCAAUUUUAUCACAUUUUGGUUUAACUACUGCAGAUAUUAAUAAUUCAAACGGUUUUCGACCAGGUUAUUUAAGAUUCAGGUCUAAUUUAAGAAAGGGAAUUUAUCUCGGAACUUUUAUAAUUUAUGGUGCUGCAGUUGUGCAGACAAACAAACCAGGGCUAAUUUAUGUAGUAUAUCGUGACGGAAGGAGUGAAAAUAUAUGCUUUGAAAAACCUAACUUUGAAAGUGUCGCAAACGUUACUAAUAAUAGAAAUUAUGGUUAUUUCUUAGUUGAUAUUUUCGGUUAUCCGACUUCAACUGAUACAGACGUUUAUGUUAACGCUAAUGGUGAACUUAUUGAUAAACCUCAUAGAAAAGGAUGUCCGUGUAGAAAAUGCAGAAUAUAA